UUCACGGAGGUGGCAGCAGUGACGGGCGGCGCCGCUCUUGGCCUCCGGCUCCUUGUUGCAGGGAGCGGUUCCGGGCAGCAGGAGCGGAGCGGCCGCGGGGAUGCCGUACAGAUGACACUGGCUGGUUCAUCAUUUCUGACAGCGUAAUGUCUCUGGUGUGCGGGGCGCUUCUGACGGUGUUUCUGUGCCAGCUGGUGCUGGGUACAUUGGGCGGAUCCUCUGCCAGCGAGCCAGUCUCGGACGACUGGAUCCUACUGUACGUGCACCACGACCAGAUUACACCCGGAAACUACACCUACAUGUACCUCGAGGACGCUGGCCGACUCGUGUUACGGAUAGACAGUUACCGGGGUGAUGCUGACCUCUAUGUCUCUGACUCCACCCGAUACCCCAGUUUCGAUGACUAUGAGCUGCAGUCGACCACAUGUGGCUCGGACUGGGUGGUAGUGCCCUCCAGAUUCCGCCGUCCAGUGGCUGUUGGUGUCUACGGGCACCCUUCGCACCUGGAGACGGAAUACGAGAUAAGGAUCUACCUCGACCAAGGAGUGAUCGAGGACCCCUUUGCUGAACUCUCCUAUCCCACUGAUGAGGGCACUGGUGACGGGACCCCGGGAAAGACAGUACAAGAGGAGAAGUCGAAUCCUACAAUGUUGAAGAAAGCGCCAUGUUCAGUGACAGACUGACUGAAGCCACUACAG